GUUUGAAUAGUCUUCUGGCGGAUACCGUCUGGAAAGGUAGGGAGAGUUUUAAUUGGGGCCACGUGUCAUUGAUAUAUUUUUCUAUUUCUUUAAUUUAGUAUUUGGUUGCUAACAUCGAAAAUGGGUGAAACAGAACUUCCUGCCGAUGGUCUUACUGGAAAGGAGAUGUUUGGAAAUGGUGAUGGAUUAACAUACAACGACUUCAUUAUUCUGCCGGGAUACAUUGAUUUCACAGCUGAUGAGGUAGACUUAACUUCUUCUUUGACUAAGAAAAUUUCCCUUAAAGCACCAUUGGUGUCAUCUCCGAUGGACACGGUUACUGAGGCUGAUAUGGCCAUAGCAAUGGCUCUUUGUGGAGGAAUUGGUAUUAUUCACCACAAUUGUACUCCAGAAUACCAGGCCAAUGAAGUACUUAAAGUGAAGAAAUAUAAACAUGGAUUCAUAAGAGAUCCUGUUGUGCUUUCUCCUCAACAUACUGUCGCGGAUGUUUUUGAAGCUAAGAGGAAACAUGGGUUUUGUGGUUUCCCAAUUACAGAAAAUGGUAAACUUGGUGGUAAGCUUUGUGGUAUUGUAACAUCCAGAGAUAUUGACUUCCUGGAAGGUUCAAAUAGUAAUGAUGUCACUGUAGAAAAAGUAAUGACAAAGUUGGAACAUAUUGUGAGUGCAGAAUCAGGAGUUACUUUAAAGAAAGCUAACCAAAUUCUAGAAGAAUCCAAAAAAGGCAAAUUACCUAUCUUGAAUGGAAAUGGUGAGCUUGUAGCAUUAAUUGCUCGCACUGACCUGAAAAAGUCAAGAGACUAUCCUCAUGCUUCAAAAGAUGAAAAUAAGCAACUUUUGGUCGGUGCUGCUAUUGGUACACGGGUUGAAGAUCAGAAGCGCUUAGAAGUUUUAAUUGCUGCUGGUGUGGAUGUUGUAGUUUUGGACUCAUCUCAAGGUAAUUCAAUUUUUCAAAUUGAAAUGAUCCACCAUAUAAAGGCGAAAUAUCCUGACUUACAAGUGAUUGGCGGAAAUGUCGUAACUGUUGCUCAAGCCAAGAAUUUAAUUGAUGCUGGUGUUGAUGGGUUGAGGGUUGGCAUGGGUAGUGGUUCUAUAUGUAUCACUCAAGAAGUAAUGGCAGUUGGAAGACCCCAGGCUACUGCCGUUUAUAAGGUGGCCGAGUAUGCCAAAACAUUUGGAGUUCCAGUGAUUGCUGAUGGAGGAAUUCAGUUUAUUGGACAUGUCGUAAAAGCAUUAGCACUUGGUGCAUCUACUGUAAUGAUGGGUUCAUUGUUGGCUGGUACUUCAGAGGCUCCUGGAGAGUAUUUUUAUUCGGAUGGCGUUAGGUUGAAGAAGUAUCGUGGUAUGGGCAGUUUGGAAGCCAUGAAUAGAAAAGAUGCCUCAGGAAGUGCCAUGAACAGAUACUUUCACAGUGAAGUGGAUAAAGUAAAAGUUGCCCAAGGUGUUAGUGGAUCAAUAGUUGAUAAAGGUUCUGUUUUGCAAUUUUUGCCCUAUAUUAAAACGGGAAUCAGGCAUAGUUGUCAAGAUAUUGGAGCCCGAAGUGUUUCUGUUCUUAAAGACUUGAUGUAUGCUGAAAAUCUAAAAUUUGAAAGAAGAACACAUUCUGCUCAAAGCGAAGGAAAUGUUCACAGUUUAUUUUCGUAUGAUAAAUGUUUGUUUUAACUUCUAACUUAAACUUACAUUUUUAUUACAAAAUUGGACAGUAUUAUGUUGAUUUUAAUUGUUAUCAAUGUUGUAAACUCGACUAAGUCUUUCGUGAAUGUUAUUCACACCAGAUGUUUUACAUCUCCUAAAUGUUAAGAAUAUGAAGUUAAUAUAAUUUAUAUUGUUUUUGUUUAAUGUGAUAUCUUUCUAUAAUAUUAAUGAACUGAUGAACCAUUUAUUAAUUUUAUUUUAGAUCAUGAAUUAUAUUUAUAAUUUUAUAUUUCUCCAAAUUAAUUUUCGCAAAUGAGUCUGUUUUGAAAUGUGAAUUUUUUAUUCCUUUAUCCUAUAAUGUGAAAAAAAUUUUAAUAUAUAUAUAUGUGAUUGAUAGUA